AAAGAAACCGAGGGGGAGAGAGAGGGGGGGUGAUGCUGUUAAAGUAAUGAUGACAAUACACCGAAAUAAAUAAAUAAAUAAAAAAAGACAUCCUAGUAGCCUGACAUUUUUCACAUUUUAAAAUCUCUUACAAUUAUUGUCUUUUCCUUUCUCUUUACUAAGCCUGUCUGAUUAUGAUCUCUACAAGAUAACGAAUCUUGAUGCCCCGCAAAAUAUCUUAUCAUCGUUUUUGACAAAAUCACUCACGCCCACCCGAGAUCCAACACUCAAAGCUUGAGCCAACCUUGCAAGGAUCCACAUCCUUGCAGAUUAUGGCGCCAAAUUGACUGGUGAUGGAGCUGGAAGUUGUCGAAAUGGGAGGAUUUUUAGUGAUGGUUUGAGGGUCAAUUUCGAAAGAAAAUGGCUUUGGUUUCUUGCAGGAAUUGAUUGCUGUUUUGCAUGUUCUUGAGAGGGAAUUCUAGCUUUGAGAUUUUAACAUGAGCUCUGAUGUGGCUUAGCGAAUUGUGAAGAAAGUUUUUUUUUCUGGAUAAGGAAAUCACAUAAAACGAAAAAAGGUGCUUUUGGACCGAAAUGAUAAAAAAGUUGAGUUAAUUUUUUGGUGCGUUGAAUGCCUAGCUUUGUAAUCGAUCUUUACGUGACAUUGUGGCUAUGCCAAGUGGCCUUGAUUUUUGAUGAAGACAGCCUAAAUAAUCACAAGUUGGAUUAAAAUAUAAUGGGCCGUUAUUGGCAUUUGAAGGAAUGGAAUGGCAGCUCCAGUUGAGCCUCCAAAUGGGGUUCGGAUUCAGGGGAAGCAUUACUAUUCCAUGUGGCAAACUUUGUUUGAGAUUGACACGAAAUAUGUGCCGAUCAAGCCUAUAGGUCGAGGGGCUUAUGGUAUUGUGUGCUCUUCUGUGAAUAGAGAAACUAACGAGAAAGUUGCCAUUAAAAAGAUACACAAUGCUUUCGAAAACCGUGUUGAUGCGCUGAGAACUUUAAGGGAACUGAAGCUUCUUCGGCAUCUUCGACAUGAAAAUGUGAUUGCUUUGAAAGAUGUGAUGAUGCCUAGCCAGAGAAGAAGCUUUAAUGAUGUUUAUCUGGUUUAUGAACUCAUGGAUACGGAUCUGCAUCAAAUUAUCAAGUCUUCUCAAGCACUUUCUAAUGAUCACUGCCAAUAUUUCCUAUUUCAGUUGCUUCGUGGUCUGAAAUAUCUACACUCAGCAAAUAUUCUCCAUCGUGACUUGAAGCCUGGAAACCUUCUCAUCAAUGCGAACUGUGACCUAAAAAUCUGUGAUUUUGGGCUGGCACGCACUAGCAGUGGCAACAACCAGUUCAUGACUGAGUAUGUUGUCACUCGUUGGUAUCGAGCUCCAGAGCUCCUUUUAUGCUGUGAUAAUUAUGGGACAUCAAUUGAUGUCUGGUCUGUGGGAUGCAUCUUUGCAGAGCUUCUUGGUCGGAAGCCUAUCUUCCCUGGCACGGAAUGUCUCAAUCAGCUUAAACUUAUCAUCAACAUCCUCGGAAGUCAAAGUGAGGAGGAUCUUGAAUUUAUUGAUAACAUGAAGGCAAAGAAAUAUAUCAAGUCACUUCCUUGUUCACCUGGGACUCCCUUUUCCCACCUUUAUCCUAAUGCACAUCCUUUGGCAAUUGAUCUGCUACAAAAAAUGCUUAUUUUUGACCCAUCAAAGAGGAUCACUGUCACUGGAGCACUGGAACACCCUUACAUGUCUCCACUAUAUGAUCCCAGCUGCAACCCUCCAGCUCAGGUCCCAAUUGAUCUUGACAUAGAUGAGGACUUGGGGGAAGAAAUGAUACGCGAGAUGAUGUGGAAGGAGAUGCUUCUUUACCAUCCUGAGGCUGCAGCGGCCAAUGGUGAGGUGUGUUUUUGUACGUUUAUGGGAAAACUUUGUAAAUGUAGUGACUGAAGAUGUGUGCCUAGACUAUAAUUAUGACUUAGUUUCAUGAGGAAAAAAUCUUCCUAAUGGGUGCCAGGCAGUGAGCUUCUAGUUUUUUAUCCAUGUAAUAAGCAAACAUGUACUGGUAAAAGGUGGUAAGUUAUAGCACCUCUUAACCUAUAUUUCUCCUGUCUGCA